AUGGCCAGUGGAACCUUAGAUCCACUAGAGAAGCUCAAAGUGCCGACCUCAUCUGAGUCGAUCGCAGAUUCACUUUCUCGUGAGCUCUUGGAACCAUCGAACAGAUUGACAUGGGACCUUUUGGAUUUGGUUCAAGCAGUUCCUGCCAUCGACAAGCAGAGAGUUUUCGAUGAUCUCUUGGUACAGCCACUGCCAAUCAGCAGAACCAGUUUCCGCUUCAAACGUGAGGGAAUUGCUGGUAAAAUUUCCGGGUAUAAGGAAGAGAUGAAAGUGAGUGAGCUCGACAAUGCCACGGCGUCCAAUUCUCUCUCCAUCAACAGAAAGUACGGACUGAAACAGGAUGCUGUGAGUGGAAAGUCAAGUUUCUUGCCAUUUCAACCUGGUGGACUUCUCAAUCGGGCUCAGACAAACCAGACCUUAAACUUGAAUCAACAGAAAAGUGAGGCACUGUUCUUGAAAAGAAACAAGCUUGGACUAUUCGAUACCCCACAGGGAUUGCUGCGAGGCUUGAAAUUGCUGAAUACUGCUGCUUCAGCUGAAGGUGUGAUAGAGUUGGGUUCCGAUCAGGGCGAAAAUGUCGAAGAGAGUGACCUCCCAGCAAGCAAAGACCAAGGUCUUAUGGAAGCAUUGGGGUCUGCAACAGUCACAGAAGAUUCUGGCACAAGCGAUGCACUUGAUGAACUCGAAGAUAUUGUACCACACUACGAGGUUAUGAAGGACCAAAUGGAUGCAGAUGCAAGAGUCAAGCACAACUGGGCACAUGUGGUGGACUUGGACCAUAAGAUCGAAAAUUUCAAGGACGUGGUUCCCAACAUGGCACGUGAGUGGCCGUUCGAGUUGGAUACUUUCCAGAAAGAGGCAGUUUACCAUCUUGAGCAAGGAGAUUCGGUGUUUGUUGCUGCUCAUACAUCGGCUGGUAAGACUGUGGUGGCCGAGUAUGCCAUUGCCAUGGCUGCGAGAAACAUGACCAAAACCAUUUACACCUCGCCCAUCAAGGCACUCUCCAAUCAGAAAUUUCGUGAUUUCAAGGAAACUUUCAAAGAUAUAGAUGUGGGCUUAAUCACCGGUGAUGUACAAAUCAAUCCAGAUGCCAACUGUUUGAUCAUGACAACUGAGAUUUUGCGUUCCAUGUUAUACAGAGGCGCGGACCUUAUAAGAGAUGUGGAGUUUGUCAUUUUCGACGAAGUGCAUUAUGUCAAUGACAUAGACAGAGGUGUUGUGUGGGAAGAGGUGAUCAUCAUGCUUCCAGACCACGUCAAGUAUAUUUUGCUAUCUGCUACUGUUCCAAACACCUAUGAGUUUGCAAACUGGGUGGGCAGAACUAAACAAAAGGAUAUGUAUGUUAUUUCCACACCGAAGAGACCGGUCCCUCUCGAGAUUUUUGUGUGGGCGAAGACUGACCUUUACAAGGCCAUCAAUGCACAGGGAGUGUUCAGUGAGCUGGAGUUCAAGAAGCAUAGUUUGGCUUUGACUGCGAACCAGAAAUCUGGCCCUCCAAAUGUCACAAUGGGCUCGGGCUCCAGAAAUGGCCCAGGAGGUACUGCUAGAGGAGGUAAUAGGGGUGGAAACAGAGGUGGUGGACCUCUGGCCAGAGGAAGAGGCAACUUCCAGCCUCGUGGUGCUUUUACUAGGGACGGGCCCAAUAAGCAGACUUGGGUACAAUUGGUGCAAUAUCUCAACCAACAGAAGCUUCUACCAGCCGUUGUUUUCGUUUUCUCCAAAAAAAGAUGUGAGGAUUACGCUGACACCUUGGGUGGUGUGAACUUCUGUACUGCCAAAGAAAGAUCUGAGAUACACAUGUUCAUUGAUCGUGCAGUGGCUAGGCUUAAGAAGGAAGACCGUGAGUUGCCUCAGAUCUUAAAGAUUAGGGACAUGUUAAGUCGAGGCAUUGCUGUGCAUCAUGGAGGUCUUUUACCUAUUGUCAAAGAAUGUAUCGAAAUUUUGUUUUCCAAGACUUUAGUCAAAGUCUUAUUUGCAACCGAAACGUUUGCAAUGGGUUUGAAUUUGCCUACUAGAACAGUUGUGUUUUGCGAAUUGAGGAAACAUGAUGGAAGAGGAUUUAGAAACUUGCUUCCAGGCGAAUUCACACAGAUGGCUGGAAGAGCAGGAAGAAGAGGUUUGGAUUCUACGGGUACAGUGAUCGUCAUGUCCUACAAUCAACCCCUCUCACCAACUGACUUCAAGGACGUGACCAUGGGAGUUCCCACCAAAUUACUGUCGCAGUUCAGAUUGACAUACAACAUGAUCUUGAAUUUGUUGAGAAUUGAGGCCCUACGUGUGGAGGAAAUGAUCAAGCACUCAUUCAGUGAGAACUCCACCCAGACACUUUUGCCUGAACAUAAGAUUGAAGUGGAGCAUUUGACAGAACAACUAGACUUGGUGAAGAUAAAAGACACUCCCAAUUUGGCUGCUUAUGAGGAAGCAUAUGAGCUUUUCUCUGAAUAUCAGCAGCUUUAUGGAAAGAUUGUUGCUGAAGUUCAACUGCUGGUGUCCAGUAGGGUGAGCAUCUUCAAAAUCGGUAAGAAUAUGAUUUUCCUUGAUGACGACGAUGUCUUGAGGUUCGGAUUUUUGAUUAAGAGUGACAUCGCCAACGGCAAGCUCGUCUUUAUCACUUUUGACCAUGGAAAGCAGUAUGAAGACGACAGUAGGGAGUACCAGUUGCCAUACUUCCCCAAUAAAAUGUAUCUCCUGAAGGUCAUGGAAGAGAUUCGCUACUGUGGAAAGUUGAGAUUGACUUCAGUUCCAUACGAGAGAGUUCAAUUUGUCAGCAAAUAUACUGCCAAAUUCAGUGUUAAGGGCCUCGUCCAGAAUGAUCCAGCUGUCAUAAAGGAAGUCGAGGAUUCUUUCAAAGUGAUCACCAGGUUCCAGUAUCGCUUGGAUCAGGUUGAGUUUAGCCAGGCAGUGCAAUUGUCACUUCAUGAGUUGUUGGGUAGAAUGGCCGAGGUGACCAGCAAGAUCAAUAGCUUGACGAUUUUAACAAGUCCGGAUUACAAGAUUAUCUACUCACAGUUGCAUAAGAGGAAUACUAUUAAGAAUAAUAUUGAAUCCCUCAACAGAUUAAUUUCCGAUGAGAACUUGGAAUUGCUUCCGGACUAUGAACAGAGAUUGCAAGUGCUUCAGAAGCUCGAUUUUAUUGACAAGAACCAAAAUGUGGUGUUGAAGGGACGUGUUGCUUGCGAGAUCAACUCUGGGUGGGAACUUGUGUUGACGGAGUUAAUCCUUGAUAACUUCCUUGGAGACUUUGAGCCCGAGGAAAUUGUGGCGCUCUUAUCGUGCUUCGUGUACGAGGGUCGUACUAAAGAAGAGGAACCUCAACCAAUCACUCCCCGUUUGGAGAAAGGAAGAACUAAAAUCUUGGAGAUCAGUGAGCGCUUAUUGAAGAUCUACACCGAGUACCAAGUGUCGCUCACAUCCGAAGAAGAGGAGUUCUUGGAAAGAAAUAGAUUCGCUUUGGUGAAUGUUGUGUAUGAAUGGGCACGUGGAUUGACGUUCCGUGAAAUUAUGCAAAUUAGCGUGGAGCUGGAGGGAACAAUCGUUCGUGUGAUCACUCGUUUGGAUGAAAUCUGUCGCCAGGUUAAGAAUGCUGCUUUGAUUGUGGGAGAUUCAACAUUACACCUGAAGAUGUCUGAGGCUCAGGAAAGAAUCAAGAGGGACAUCGUUUUCUGUGCUUCGUUAUAUCUUUAA